AUGGCUAAUCCUCAUGAGUUGGAGAAAGAUGCCGAUUGGUUCAAAAGACUUGCAGUGUGGGAAGAGUCUCGGAAAGAAUACAGAUCUGCUGCAUUUUACUACACUGAAGCUGCUCAAGCACUCUUGAAUUCUUUGGAAGCAGGCUCAAAAACUGAAGGUUUAUUAGAAUUAGCUCAGAAUUACAACAACAAAGUGAAAGAACUCAAAUCAAAAACUGUGGUGGAAGAUACUUCCAUACCGAACACUCGUAUUUCUAAAAGCAAAGCUGAUUUUGCAAGGGCUCUUUUCUUACUGGAUGAUGGUACUACGGAAGAUGAAAAAGGAAACUUCCACAAGGCUUUUGAGCUCUACACAUUGGCUGUAGAGUUAAUGUUAUCCAUAAAACGUGAUGUCCAGGAUCCCUCUUUACUUAAAUCCAUUGAAACAUUUUCCAAAAGGGGUUUAGAUCGGGCAGAACAAUUAAAGGCAUAUGUUCAAAGAACACAGCCCCCUUGUUCUGAUUCCCGUUCUUCUUGUAGCACUUUAACGCCAGAAACAUCUAAGAAAUCCCACGGUUUUCAUAAACCCAAUAUGUCUUCGUCUUUGAAAGGAGACCCUGGCGGUUUUACUGUCGAAGAACUGGAGGUAUUGAGAUCCACGUCCGUUAUAAAUGGUCGUGAAUAUUUACCGUUUCUUGACGCCCUUGAUCUACAAGAACGAUUUUCCUUUGCUAAUCCUUUUGUUGAUAAAGAUGGACUUUUAGCACUGUCAAAUAAACAGAAAUCUUUACUUAGCCGUUGGGUACGUCCCUCUGAUUACAUUAAUGGACCAAAAAUGAUUUUGGCAAUAUCAUGCUUUUCUAUAUGCCAAACUGUAGUUACUGAUUGUUCAUUUGUUGCAUCGAUGGCGAUUGCUGCUCAAUAUGAACGACGUUUUAAAAAAAAGCUCAUUACAAAUGUUAUAUAUCCUCAAGGCAUAACUAAUGAAGCUAUUUAUAAUCCAUGUGGAAAAUACAUGGUUCGUUUAAAUGUCAAUGGAGUUCCACGAAAGGUAAUUAUAGAUGACCUUUUGCCAAUGGGAAAGGAUGGAAAGCUGCUAUGUUGUUAUUCAAAUAAUCAAAAUGAAUUAUGGGUAUCUUUAUUAGAAAAAGCUUAUAUGAAAGUGAUGGGCGGAUAUGAUUUCCCAGGAUCAAAUUCGAAUAUUGAUCUGCAUGCAUUGACUGGUUGGAUUCCUGAACGUAUCUCCAUUCGAUCUAGUUCUUCAAAUUUUGAUAAAGAUAGAGAAUUUCGUCGUCUUUUAAGUCGAUUUCAUAAAGGUCACUGUCUAGUUACAAUUGCAACUGGACAGUUAUCCGAUGAUGAGAGUGAACGGUCAGGUUUAGUUCCAACUCAUGCUUAUGCUAUGUUAGAUAUACGUGAGGUGGAGGGUUAUCGUUUAUUUUUACUGAAAAAUCCAUGGAGUCAUAUGCGUUGGAAAGGUAAUUUCUCUGAGCGUGAUUCAAAACACUGGACCCCCAGUAUGCAAGCUAAGCUGAAUUUUGAUAGAUCAUCUGCACAGUUAAUUGAUAAUGGUGUAUUUUGGAUAGAUUAUGAUUCUUUAUGUCAUUUCUUUGAUGUAUUUUAUAUUAAUUGGGAUCCAGGACUAUUUCAAUAUACUACAUGUGUUAAUGAUUGUUGGCUUGCUGGAUCUGGACCAAAGAAAGAUUCUUACGCUAGUGCUGAAAAUCCACAGUAUAAUUUGGAAGUUACUGCCCAAACUGAAUCACCUAUAUGGGUGCUUUUAACAAGACAUAUUGUAGAUAAAGCAGAUUUUGCCGAAAACAAAGAAUUCAUUGCAGUGGUUGUUUAUAAAGAUGUCAAAUCUCGUAAAGUCUAUUAUCCUUAUGAUCCUGCACCAUUUUGUGAUUCUGUACGUAUUAAUAGUCCACAUUGUUUAGUUAAAAUGCUUCAAGAUCCUGGGACAUGUAAUUACAUUCUUUUGAUUUCACAAUAUGAGAAAUCAAUAACAAUUUAUUAUACACUACGUGUAUAUUCAACAGCACCAUUUACCUUGUCAAAAAUCAAAGAUCCCUAUACUAUAUCAAAACAAAUUACUGGUGAGUGGAAAGGAUCAAAUGCUGGUGGCUGCAUAAAUGACAAAGAAAGUUAUAGAACUAAUCCACGAUUUGAAAUUAGUGUACCAAAUAAUAAUUGUGAUAAUCAGCUUUUGAUUGAAUUGCGUGGACCAAGAGAUUAUGCACUGGGCUUAGAAUUAAUUCGUAUAUCUGCUACAAAUGAUCAAGCACCCAAUCAGCAAAAUCGAUCAACUACUGGAGAUUACAGAAGAGGAUAUGUUGUUCUAGAACAAGCUGGUCUCUCUGGUGGUGUAUACAAUGUAAUUGUUUCCACUUAUCGACCUGGCCAAGAAGGACCAUUUAUUCUCUCGAUUAAAUCUAUAAGUAAUUUUACAAUAACCCCCAUAUGA